AAUUGAGCAUGCGGCGGCCGAAUCCGAAAUUACGAACAAUGGUCAUCUUCUUUCCUUAACCCUGAAAGAAGAAAGAAGAAAAAAAGAAAGAGGAAAAAAACAAUGGCUUUGCCAGCCUUAAACCCUCCAAAAACCCUAAAUAAAAAGCUUCAAUCUUUGAACUCACCAUUUUUUUCCUUCUCAAAAACAGCAUCAUCACCAAAGAUAACCAAAUUCAAGAAAUACCCAUUAAUUACUAUGUCAAGUCAGCAGCAAAAUCCACUACCCCAUGUAGCCUUAACCAACAAUGACCACAAGGAAGAACUCAUGAGUGCUAUCAAAAGUUCAAUAUCUAAUUGCUUAUCUGAAACCCAUCUUGAUUUAACUGUACCUCAACUCAAGUCCAAAAUCAGAGGCAAGGUUAGAGAUAUAUAUGAUGGAGGGGAUUAUCUUGUAAUGGUGACAACAGAUAGGCAAAGUGCGUUUGACAGAAUUCUUGCUUCCAUCCCCUUCAAAGGCCAGGUGCUUAAUGAAACAAGUUUAUGGUGGUUUAAUAAGACUCAACAUAUUACUCCUAAUGCAGUGGUAUCUGUACCUGACAAAAACGUAACUAUUGCGAGGAAAUGUUCGGUUUUCCCUGUUGAAUUUGUAGUACGAGGAUAUGUUACUGGAAGCACUGAUACAUCACUCUGGACAGUCUACAAUAAAGGGGUUCGCAAUUAUUGCGGCAACAACCUUCCUGAUGGUCUGGUGAAAAAUCAAAAGCUUACCGAAAAUAUGCUUACUCCGACAACUAAAGCAGCAGAUCAUGAUGUUCCUGUAACACCAGAUGAGAUAGUUCAACGCGGUCUUAUGACUCAAGCUGAUUAUGAUGAAGUCAGUAGGAGGGCAAUGAGCUUAUUUGAGUUUGGCCAGCGUGUAGCAUUGGAUCAUGGGUUGAUAUUAGUGGACACCAAAUAUGAAUUUGGAAAGGGACCCGAUGGUCAAAUCUAUCUGAUUGAUGAGGUGCAUACACCUGACUCAAGUAGAUAUUGGAUUGCACAUUCUUACCAGGAGCGCUUUCAGAAUGGUCUUGAGCCUGAAAAUAUCGACAAGGAAUUCUUGAGGUUGUGGUUCAAAAGUCAUUGCAACCCAUAUGAGGAUGAGGUCUUACCUGACGCUCCAGAAGAACUUGUUUCUGAAUUAGCUUGGCGAUAUAUUUUUCUAUUCGAGACAAUAACAAAUUCAAGAUUCGAGAUGCCUGGGACAAAGGAGCCAGUCCAUGAUCGAAUCUCGAGAAAUGUUUCACAGGCUUUAUCAUCAUUGCAGUAAUAACAUCAAACAGGAGAGCAUCUUGCAUAAGUUUUAUGAGGUGGAAUAAGUACUUUCUGCAGUAAUAUUACUCUGAAGAAUUGUAUUUUAAGGUUGUCGUCGAGGAAGUUCGUCAAUGUUGUAAUGCUAUGUGAUACUCAUAUAACAACAAUUAUGCAUCAACCCCAGGUAAGUUGGGGAACCAUAAACUGUAAAGUGACUAGUUUUGUCUAAAACUUAACGAGUUCUGGAUUUUAAUCAUCCUGGUUUAAGUUAAGAAUAGUUGGCAGAUAAAAGUAUUUAUUCUAGUGUCACCUUCUGACUUAUAAA